UCGUUAACGAACGUAUCAAGAACUGGUUUAUUAUAACAUAAAUUAACAGAAGAAAAAAUUUAAUAACAUUCAGAAGAUGCCUACUUGUAAGUGUGAGAAUGUUACUAAGGAGGAGAAAGAUAAUGGUCACAAGUGUCAAAUCAAGUCAUCUGUUGAUGCAGAGGAUUACGAAUUUGAUCAUUUCCUGACCGACAAUACUGUUAGGUACAGUGAUGGUUCCGUACGAUUGAAAAAUCCUAACAUCGAACUAAUGGAUCAAGACAUAUUAUAUCAUCUAGCACUUGGCAGUGGUUCUCACGAUCUCGUGGAAAUGUUUGGCGAUGUUAAGUUCGUUUGCAUGGGUGGUACACCGAAACGUAUGGAACAGUUUGCGAAUUACAUUAUGAAGGAAAUAGGUCACAAGAUCCCAGCCGGAACUACCCUUCUCGACAUCAGCCAGUAUUCUUAUCGUUAUUCCAUGUACAAAGUCGGACCUGUGCUUUCAAUCAGCCAUGGAAUGGGUAUUCCUUCAGUGGGAAUUCUUCUUCACGAAAUUAUCAAGCUGAUGUAUCAUGCAAAGGUCAAGGAUCCAAUUUUCUUUAGGAUUGGUACUUGUGGUGGUAUCGGAUUGGAAGGUGGUACCGUUGUUAUUUCUGAAGAAGCAGUUGAUGGAAUGUUGAAUCCUCAUUUAGAACUGCCCGUCUUAGGAAAAAUAGUGACAAGACCGACGAAGUUUGAUCGAUUAUUAGUUCGAGAAUUAAAAGGAUUGGCACAUCGUGACGACCCUUACGACACCGUAGUCGGUAAGACCAUGUGCACUUAUGAUUUCUACGAAGGCCAAGCUAGAUUGGAUGGAGCAUUUUGCGAUUUCACGGAGAAUGAAAAGAUGGAUUAUUUAACUAAAAUACACAAAGCUGGUGUUGUUAAUAUUGAAAUGGAAAGUACCCCAUUCGCUGCACUUACCUAUCACGCUGGCAUUAAAUCUGCCGUUGUUUGCGUGACUUUGUUGGAUCGACUCAAGGGAGAUCAGGUAAUGGCACCUAAGGAAGUUUUGGACGAAUGGCAAAUAAGACCGCAAAAAUUGGUCGCCCGGUACAUCACAAAAUAUCUCCAACGCAAAGGAAGACUUUCCUUAGAGGGCCAUGGUUCUAUAUCAAACAGGGCUAUAUAGGAGAACUGAGAAUGGGAUAAAGAGAGAGAGAAAAAAAGAGGAAGGAAGGAAAUGGAAAGGAGGAAUAGAAAGAGAAAGAAGCGAAAACUUAUCGAGGAAUGAAUUUAAUAUACACAUACGUACAUGCGUGUCAUCUGUGUGUAAAUGUCGGUCUAAAAAUGGAGCCAAAACUUAUA